UCGGGUGCCAACUCCACAGCAGUGUCCAAUCAAGGCUUGCCAAGAAAACACAGAUUGAGCUUCCUGCUUUCGUGUUAUUAGAAUUCGUUCAAAGUAAUCGCAAGCAACCGGAUCUUGUUUUGAACUGUUUCAGAAUGUUCGCCGGGGCAGCAGACGCAGGGUCAACGGAUGACCCGAAAGGGCCAUGCGCAGGGUGCCAGCAGGAGGCUUCCCAGCGAUGCGCUAACUGCAGGCAGGUUUACUACUGCAGAAGGGAGUGUCAACGAGGGCAUUGGAAGGAUCACAAGAACGACUGCAAACCUUUUAAGGUGGAGAAGAACUCCACUCUUGGACGCUACCUCGUGGCGACUCGAGACUUCAAAGCCGGCGACGUCAUCAUGAAAGAAGAGCCUAUAGUGGUAGGGCCGAAGCAGCUAACGGAGCCCGUGUGUCUUGGUUGCUACAAGAGGGUGGACGGGUCAUACAGGUGCCGCCAUUGCACGUGGCCCAUGUGCGGACCAGCAUGCGAGGAAGCUCCAGCUCACAAGCCCGAGUGUACCGUGGGCAAAGUCAUGGGCUCACCUAUUGAAAUACAAGACUUCAAUGAAGUGAACCACUUCUAUGAGGUGGUCACUCCGUUACGGUGUCUUUUACUGAAGAAGAAAUCGCCGAAGAAGUAUGAAGAGCUUAUGGCCUUAGAAAGUCACUUUAAUGAUCGAAAAGGAACACAUAUCUACACUGAGAAUCAAAAGAGAGUUGUUAACAUGCUUCGCAAUUAUUUUAUGCUGGUAGAUUUCCCACCUGAAGAUCUUGACGCCAGCGAAGCAUCCAUUCAUAACAUGACUGGAAUCAUCGACACAAACGCUGUUGAUAUCCCCUUACCUGAAUCAGAGAUAGUGGGCAUCUACCCCACUUAUUCCAUGUUGGAACACUCGUGCACACCCAACACAAAGUAUCGAGUGUCUUCAACGUAUCAGUUAACUCUUAAAGCUGCAGUAGACAUAAAAGAAGGCGAACAUCUCAGCACAAUUUACACACACAUUUUGUGGGGCACGGCUGCUCGGCGAGAUCUCCUCAAGUCCACUCGUUUCUUCAUGUGCACAUGUCGCCGGUGCGCCGACCCUACAGAGUUGGGCACCAACUUUUCAGCGUUGAGGUGCAACAAAUGUCCGCUGGGUUUCCUGAUGUCAGCUGCACCAUUAGAUCCACUUGCUGAUUGGAUAUGCACCUCGUGCAACGCAACAAUGACGGCUGACGAAGCGAACGAUAUAACUUUGCAGCUCGGAGAAGAAGUUGAGCAGACCUUAGAGAAAGGAAACGCCAAAGACAUCGAAAAUCUGAUUGAAAAAAGUUCGUCCACAGUGGUACAUCCCAAUCAUUUCCAUUUAUUCGCAGCUAGACAUUCUCUUCUGCAGAUGCUCGGCAGGGAAGCUUCAGGCUUGAACGAAGAUGUCGUCAAAAAGAAGGAGGAAUUAUGUCGCGAGUUCUUGAAAACUUGCACCGCCAUUGAUCCUGGUAUGUGCAAACUGGCUUCGUAUGUCGGUGUGGCUCUAUAUGAAUAUCACCUCGCAGUGCUUGCUAGGACCAGACUUGGACCAACGGACACAUUAGUGGACAAAGUGGCUCUGAAGACGGACCUGGAUACCGCCAAAGCUCUCCUACAACAGUGUAUCAAAGUUCUCCAGGAAGAACUACCAGAAUCACCUGAAGGCCAGCUAAGGCUUUUGGCUGAACAAAACUUGAUGGAACUGAAUUUGUGGGAAUCUCCCAGCGUUUGAAUAAUCCAAGAUUCUGGGCAGUAGUGAAGAUUAUAGUGUUUGAAUCUUCGACCAUGAAACGCGUGUUGGUUAUUGAGAAGUCUAGAUCAUUUUGAUGGACUAGCCUCUAUCAAAGACGUCGAAAGGUUGCAAGACACACGAAUUAAAACAAAUUUGAGAUAAGAACAGGAAACUUCCUUAUAUACAUCACUUCUAAUCAGUAUCACGGACCACAUGAAAGUGGACCAUUCAUGAUGCAUGUGGUAUGGAAUAAAUGGAAGAAAUGUCAAAUUAGAAAAAUUUAAUAAACUAAGAACACACGGAAUGAACGAUAAUGUCACUUCAAUGGGACAAGAAUGUGAGAAAGAGUCAUAAAUGCAAUAAAAUUCAUAACAUUAUA